UGUGGCGGGGGUAGAACGUUCCAGAGAUGAGCAAACAUUUUUUAUACAUUUCACCGCUCCUGUCGCUACAACGUGCAAGUGGCGGAUUCACCGGGUGAAACUGCGACACAGAAAAGUCAGAGUCUUUUGAACACCACUCAAAAAGAUAACACUUGAGUUCUGAGGAUCAGCUGCUUCCAAACAGACUGAACAAUGGACAGCCAAGUGACAGUGGUCUCCAAUCCUCUUGUGGAGGUGUGCAUAACCAGCACCAUCCACUCCUCUGAGGUGAUGCGCAGGUUCAAUAGAGGGAUUACUAUUGCAGAACUGAAGCAAAAGUUGGAGAUGAUUGUGGGCGCAUCUGCCUCCUGCAUGGACCUGGAGGUUUUAAGUGUCUCAGGCAAGUUCCUGCAGAAGAUGGACAAUGAUGAGGCUUUGCUGGGCUCCUAUCCUGUGGAUGACAACUGCACAAUACAUGUUAUUGAUAAAAGUGGAGGACAGAUGGGCGAGUUUGCUGACGUUUCCAAAGUGGAGAAGUUUGAGCUUUCAGACGAAGCUUAUAGUAAGAAAACAGACUCAGCAAGGGCAUUCAUGAAGAGACAAGGCAUUGGUCACUUCAAUGAUGAAAAAAUGGCUAAGAAGAAAGCUGAGCUUGCUGCUCGGGAGGAGGAAAAUAAGGUUGCAGCCGAAGCCAUUUCGGUUGGCAGUCGAUGCCAAAUUCAGGUUCCUGGGCAACCCACAAAGCUUGGCACAGUUAUGUAUGUCGGUACAACAGAUUUUAAGCCAGGCUAUUGGGUGGGUGUGAAAUACGACGAGCCUCUGGGAAAGAAUAAUGGAAGCGUUAAUGGGAAGAGAUACUUUGAGUGUGAGGCCAACUAUGGUGCAUUUGUGAAGCCCUUGCAUGUGACUGUGGGAGACUUCCCAGAAGAGGACUAUGGUUUAGAUGAGAUGUAAGACUAAGUUUUAAGCAUGACGUUUCAGUUCUCAAUUUACCAGCCUGGAGAUCGUGAACAGUCUUGAUGCAAAGGCAUUUUAACCUCAGUAAUGUCAGUGCUACAAAACCCAAGUUGAAAAAGUUGAUUGUCAGGAAGUAGAGAGUUUGACGGAUAAAGGCCAAUAUAAUAUCAAUAGUUUGAAUUGGUUGAUGGUCCCUUUACCUCUUCCCUACCCAAGAAAAUAAAGCAUCGCAAAUAAAAAAAUGUCAGUCAAUGGCAUGAUAUUCUAGGAAGGUUUGUGAUAAUAUAUGCUUGUCUAUAUUGAAAAAUACAAAAUGAUGCAAUGUUUUAUCAAAGAUUGCAGGCUGUAAAAUGUAUAAGUGCAAAAAGAAAUUAAGUUCAUUAGCUGAUUAAUAUUAAAUUAGUUGUGCAUCUAAUACAACAGAGUGAUGGCAGAAGGCCUUUUGUUGGUGGAGUGGAUGUGUGUUUGUAGAAGUGAUCAAAUUAAGGGGUUCCUUAAAUGCAUCUUGUAGCUGCUCCUCUAAAGCUCUUUUCCUGAGAAAUCAAUUCACCCCAAUUGUGUUGAGUUUUUUUUUUUUUCUCUGUAAAAUAAAACAAAUGAUCAUUCCCUGUUUGGGGAAUCCUGUUGGGGUUUCGCCAUCUCUUCAUCUCAUCAUUGGACAACCUUCUCCAGCAUAAAAGAAAGCUGAUACGUGUGUUGCUGUAAACCUCACCAUACAGUCCAUACAGGAAAAACAAAUUAGUAAGUUAGUAGCUCAGCGCACACAGGAGUUGUCUGUCCCAAUUGUUAAGUUAAAUUGUGUUUUGUGUUUGAAGUGGAAAAUUGCCUUCUGAUUUAAUCUGUUAUGUAGAUUAGGCUGAAGCACCAACAUUUUUUUUCAUCCCUUGUCUCAAAAAGUCUGCAGAAAUAAAAAUGCUCCUGGAUCUGGA